GGACGCGUGGGUUUUCGCUGCUUCUUCCCUCUCUCUCCGACUCAGUGUUCAUCCUUUCCACCGCUUCAAUCUUGCUCUCACGGUUUCAUUCCCUUUUAAUUUUCUUCUCUCACGGUUUCGUUGCUUUCUUUCCACCGCUUCAAUCCUCCUUCAACUGGCUGCAGGCUCCAUCAAACCCUAGAAAUCGUUUUGCUUUGUUGGGCACCCUCCUUUUUCUCCGUGCUCCUUGCUUUCCCCAACCUAGAAUCCUCCUCCUUUCCCCGAAAGACAAAUCUUAAAUCCGCAACCCAAAACUCAGUCAUAGUUGCCCAACCAAGGUAGAUUAAUUGAAGAAAGAUUGCUCCAUCAGAGCGGCCAAGAUGGCUGGAUGAGUAUAAUCCAUUUAACUUGGUAGAGGAGAUCGGGUUUUUUGAGUUUAUGACUUUUCUUUGAAUCCUGCGAAGACCUCUGUGUUUAAGCUGAAGUAGCUAAAGUUAAGAAAGAACAAUUGUGGCUUAAAGUCUUCAUAUUUGAAAGUUGAAUCUCAGCCAUUGAAGGGUUUUGUGAACGUGUCCUCACGUGUGCAGCAGACCUUCAUAGCAAUUUGGGGAGGUUAUGAUAUGGAGGAGAAAGCUGCUAGAGCAUAUGGUCUUGCUGCUCUUAAGUACUGGGGUUCUUCAACUCAUAUAAACUUUCCGUUGGAUAUUUACGCUGCACAACUUGAAGAGAUGAAGAACAUAAGCCGGCAGGAAUAUGUUGCGCACCUGUGAAGCAAUUUUGAUUUGUUAAUCAGAAGAUUGUUUUCUAAUGUUUUAAAAUUUUUUAUGAGCGGUAGGUCUCGGGUUCGAGACUUGGGAGCAGUCUCUCCAUAAAUGGGGGUAAGGCUAGCCGACAUUCACCUCUCCCAGACCCUGCGUAAAGCGGGAGCCUUGUGCACUGGACAUCACCAGCAUGGGAGAUGGCAAGCUAGGAUUGGCAGAGGUACUGGGAACAAGCAUCUUUAUCUUGGAACUUUUGGCACCCAAGAGGAAGCUGCAGAAGCUUAUGACAUGGCUGCAAUCAAGUGCCCUAGGACGACUCCAACCAGUAACCCAACUAUGGACUAUCAAACAGCUGAUUCUGAGCACGUUCUGAAGAGAUCAAGACCUUUCGAGGUAACAGAUGAGGCCAAUAAUCUGCCAGUAAAUAUGUUGCCUGUUGCGUAUCCUAAUCAGAGCCAUGGUCAGAGUUCCUACUCUUCUAAUGACUUGCCCAAGUCUGUUGUUAUGACUUUACGUCCAGGUUCAACUGUCAAGAGUAUGGAUUUCCACCCAAUGCAACAAAUUUUACUUCUUGUUGGAACAAACAUGGGCGAUGUCAUGCUAUAUGAGCUACCAAGCCAUGAAAAGAUUGCUAUUAAGAACUUCAAAGUUUGGGACCUUGGAGCAUGUUCAGCGGCUCUGCAGGUUUGGCUCUUGAUAUUCUGUAAAAUAAAGCUAAUGCAAACUUUCAAUGUGGAAUUGGCAUGAUAUAACCUUCAAUGUUUAUCAUAGAUAAUGAAAGGGAAUACGACUUAUCUAGAAAAAUAUGAAAUCUUUCUUUGUAAUUUUGGCUAUAUAUGAUUUGCUUCUGUUUUUCGUUUCAGAACACAGUUUUGGAUGAUAUUAGAUUGAAAAGCUUUUCUGUAAAACUUUUAGUUAUUUAAAGUGUUUUAUCCGUA